AUGAUCAUGAAGAUUAUACCAAAAUGUAGAUUAAUUUUGUGGUGGAAAAGAAAAUCAAAAAGCCAAUUGCAAAAGGACGCGUUGACCUUUCUCUUCAACAACACUACUUUUAAUAUGACUGACGACAACGCUGUGAACACGACCAAUCCAUCGGCAGAAGUUGAGCCUCAGCCUCCUCAAGACACUGCUGUGCCUCAUGAUGACUCCACGAAUGGAGAACAAGACUCUCUGCAAAUGUCACUCCCCAUGUCCAAGAUCAAAAAGAUUUUCAAAAUGGACCCAGAUUUUUCAGGAGCAAGUCAAGGUGCGAUUUACGCCACGGGAUUGGCUACAGAGCUAUUUGUUCAAUACUUUGUUGAACAGGCCAGUCUAAUGGCAAAAGUGGACAAGCGCAAAAAGAUACAAUAUAAAGACUUUGCUAAUGCCGUCGGUGGUCAUGAUGCUUUGAAUUUUUUGAGUGAUACGAUACCCAAAACUCAUGCAAUAGGUGACCUAAUACAAAGAAAAAAGGUUAAUACGCUAGAGUCUAUUCAGCCAAACCGAAAUCCAGAAGAAAGUAGGCCAGCUUCAAAAGCGCCCGCCAAUGUUGUAUCAAAACCUGAUCCAAUACUCCCCAAAGGCCAACAAAUUCUCAAUUUCGGCUCUGCUUCUAAAGAGGAAACCCCCGUCAGGAAAGCAGGAAUAAACGAUUUAGUAUCUUCUCAAAGCGAGAGUAAUUCCGGUGAUGUACAAGAUGUUGAAAUGAAGGAUUAA